AUGGGUUUAGCAAUCUUUGGUGCACUUGCUAUUCUGGAGAUGUUAGUGUUCAGCAUUUUCGGAAAAUGGGGUCUUGAGGAAGAUGAUGAAUUUGAGGUUUUUGAGGAGGGAGAAGAAACGGAAGCUAAAGAAGAUGACGAAAAGGAAGCAAAAUUUGAAGGUCUUUUGGUGCUGAGAUUAUCGAUAUUGGGUAAUAAUCGGCCAUUGAUAUCUUGUAAUGGGCCAUUUGUGUUCUUCUCUUUCUUCUUCUUCAUCGUUUUGCUUUCGUCAUCAUUUAGAGAAAAUCGCCGAAUAGAAUCGCAG